AUGUCAUCCUCUGUUCAUUUCAAGUUCAAGUCCCAAAAAGAACCCUCAAGGGUAACAUUUGAUGGCACCGGUAUCUCUGUCUUUGAAUUGAAACGCGAAAUUAUCAAUCAGAGUAGACUUGGUGAUGGGACUGAUUUUGAAUUGUCGAUUUAUAAUGAAGAUACUGGGGAAGAAUACGACGAUGACACCACAAUUAUCCCCCGUUCUACAUCUGUCAUAGCCCGAAGACUGCCCGCAUCACGGCCUGGGAGGGGCGGUGCUGCUCGUUAUGUAUCUGGCAAAAUGCCUGUGACUGCACGCAACACUCCUCGUAAUGACCAGUCUUUUCCUGCCCGCAUGAUUUCAGGUUCUAGCAAUACAGUUAGCAAUGGUGUUCUGGAACUUAACAAUGCCCAGACUGAGGAGGAGAAAAUAAACGCGCUAUUUAAUCUGCAAGCCAACCAAUGGAAAGAACAGCAACAGGAGAUGGCAAAUGCCACACCUGUCCCAUUCGGUCGCGGGAGGGGCAAACCUGUCAAUGUCCCUGAUCACCCGCCACCGCCUGGGUAUCUUUGCUACAGAUGUCGUGAGAAAGGCCACUGGAUCCAAGCGUGUCCAACUAAUAAUGACCCAAAGUUUGAUGGAAAAUACAGAGUCAAGAGGUCAACUGGUAUACCUCGCUCGCUUCAAACUAAGGUUGAGAAGCCGGAAACAAUCGCUUUGGAUGGGUCCAAUGAAGAACUGAGGAAUACUGGCGUAAUGGUUAACGCUGAUGGAGACUUUGUUAUUGCUAAGCCGGACAAGGCUGCAUGGGAAUUAUACCAAGAGAAGGCCAAAGCUUCUGCCGCGGCUGCGGCAGAAGCAGCAGCAGCAGAGUAUAGCAAAGAACUACAAUCUCGUGGCCUGGAAUGCCCUAUUGAUAAACGGAUGCUUUUAGAGCCCACAAAAACGCCAUGCUGUCAACGGACAUACUGCAAUGAUUGCAUUACGAAUGCUUUGAUAGAAAGUGAUUUUGUCUGUCCUGGGUGUGCAACGGAGGGAGUCUUGCUGGAUAAUCUCUCAGUAGACGAUGAAACUGUUGCUAAAAUCAAAGCUUACGAGGCCGAAAGGGCAGACUCCAAAAAGGAAAAGGAGAAACAGCAAAUUGCAAAAGAAGACCAUGCUGUUAGCAGCACGUCUACCUCGGAUAAUUCCUUAGUUGCGAAACAAAGACCGAUAUUACCUAGUGAAGGUGUGCAAACGGACUCGAAGAAGAGACUUGCUGAUGAUGAGUUCUCGGGUGAAGCUACCGAAGAUCUUAAUUUGAAUACCGUGCCAAAGAAACAAAAAGUUGAGAGCAAUCAAAAGCCUGAUGACAUGGGAAAUUCACAAAAUAAAGAUACUCCUGGCCAUUUGUCUUUACCCCAACAGAUGCCUUUUACUGGCCUUAGCUUUAUGCAAGCCCCAGGUGUUCCUGCGAUGUCAUUCCCCGACCCAGGGUAUAUUGGCGAUGGGAUGGGGUUUAUGAAUAACCCAAUGGGCAUGGCUUCGACCAGUGGCUUCCGAGCUGCCAUGGACCAAGCAUGGAACCCAAUGAACACUAUGGGCUUGAAUUCGGUUCAAGGUGGAUCUUAUAGUGACCAUGUUAAUGGUGUAAUGCACAGCGGAUAUGGCACAGCAAGCAUGUAUAAUGGUACUGGUGAUGCAUCAAUGAACAUGUUCCCAAUGUCUCAAAUGAUGGGACAUAAUGCAGGAUUUCCACAGGGACCUGGGAUGACUCAUUUCUCGAACCAACAGCGGACCACUUUCAGUACCCCCUUUGCAAGAGAGGAGGAUACAGCCUAUUUCCGCCAACCUGUUAAUCCUCAGCGACACCAGGCAAGGCAUCGGAGAAUAAGACCUAGUGAUUAUCGAGAGCUUUAG